CUCGAGGUUUAUUCUGUCAAGUCGCCGCAGUUAUCUCACGCGAAGCAUAGUCUUUUUGGCGACUGACUAAUCAACACAAUAAAUGCUUCAAUCGCAGCACAUAGGUUUCUCUUUAUCAUCCCGAUUCAUUUCCACGGGCUUUACCAUUUCUCAACCCCUCCAAAACCUUUGUUCGACGUCUACACACGAGAAAAAGGGUUGAUCCAACCAUGAUCAGCGGUCAAAUCUCUCUCGCCGACUUCUUCCGCUUUACCCGUGGGCGAUUCCUUUCAGAUGAGCCCCAUCACAUCUCGCAGACUACUGUGAAAUUUAAACUUGACGAGCUUGAACGACUGGCCGUUGACUCCGCCGCAACACUUAGCAAGGCCCCUCUAGAAUGCGUGAAAACUGAGAAAUUACCGGAUGGAAUGCACAACAAAGCGAUUCGCUUUACAAUGAACAACGGAGUCCAAGUCGUGGGCAAGAUCCCGAAUCCAAACGCAGGGAAAGCACACUUCACAACAGCUUCAGAAGUUGCCACUAUGGAUUUUGUAUGUCGUAUUUAUACCUAUAAUCAUCCUGGAUUUUACAUGCUGAUACCCUGCAGCUGUGAAACGUUCUUAAAAUACCUAUCCCACAUGUUCUGGCUUGGAGUUCCACGUCCAAAAAUGACGUCGGGGCCGAAUACAUCUUGAUGGAAAAUGUACCCGGUGUUCCAUUAAGUAAG